CGCGGGAGUAGUGUCAUGUUUUCUUUUUCUGAUGUGCUGCUGAGUUAUCAGAGAAAAGUUUAAAAAAAAAGGUGCCUCAAAAUCUGUCUAGAUCUCGUUCGGAAUCGGAGCAAAUUGCAGACUUGGGUUGAACAGACUGACCCUCCACCUGGACCUUUGCACAUGGUGCAGAGAAUCAACAGAAAAUGGACUGUGAGUUACUGGCCACAUGCAGCGCUCUGGGGUAUCUGGAGGGAGAUGUCUACCAUAAAGAGUUCGACUGUUUAGAGAGUGUUAAAGACCUGAUCCGGUACCUGCGUCACGAGGAUGACACUCGGGACGUGCGGCAGCAGCUUGGAGCGAGUCAGAUCGUCCAAAAUGACCUCCUCCCAAUUAUUGUCCAACACGGGCAGGACAAGCUUCUGUUUGACGCAUGUAUCAGGCUCAUGGUGAACCUCACGCAGCCCGCCAUGCUUUGUUUUGGGAAAGUGCCCGAUGACCCUGUGUUCAGACACCACUUUUUAGAAGUUACAUCCCAUUUACAAGCUUAUAAAGAGGCCUUUGCCAGUGAAAAGGUGUUUGGUGUGUUAAGUGAGACACUGUACAAUCUGUUACAACUGGACUGGGAGCAGAGGCAGGAGGAGGACAAUCUGCUCAUUGAAAGGAUUCUGAUCUUGGUCAGAAACGUGCUUCAUAUUCCAGCUGAUCCCAAUGAGGAGAAGAAGGUGGAUGAUGACGCGAGUAUCCAUGACCGUGUGCUGUGGGCUCUUCACAUGAGCGGCUUUGAUGACCUGGUGAAGUUUCUGUCGUCUGCUCAGAGCGAGCAGCAGUGGAGCAUGCACGUCCUGGAGAUCAUCUCCCUCAUGUUCAGGGACCAGACCCCUGAAGCCCUGGUGAGUGCGGGUCAGGCUCGAUCAGCUGAAGAGAAGCAGAGAGACUCUCAGGAGCUGGAGGCGCUCAGGCAGAGAGAGCAGGCCGCCAAACGCUCCAGGAACCUACAGAGAGGGACUAGGCACUCGCGGUUUGGAGGGUCUUUCGUUGUUCAAGGCCUGAAGUCGGUCGGGGACAAAGAUGUGAUUUACCACCAGAAAAUAAACAACUUUAAAAAUUACACCCAUGACUGCGGUAAAGCAGUACGACGUGUCCCAAAGCGCCAUCGUCAGGCUCAGGAGUGUAAUGACAAGCGUCGCUCAGCCCUGAACGUGCGACUGUUUCUGAGGGAGUUCUGUUUGGACUUUUUAGAAAACUGCUAUAACCACCUCAUGUACCUCGUUAAGGAGAACCUGAUCCGUGAGCAGAGUCAGCAGCAUGAUGAGACGUAUUACCUUUGGGCUCUGAACUUCUUUAUGGCAUUUAACCGAGGCAACGGCUUCAGGGCGGAGUUUGUGUCUGAGACAAUGUCCAUCCGAGCAUUUCACUUCAUUGAACGAAACAUCACCAACUACUAUGAGAUGAUGCUGACUGACCGCAAAGAGGCAGUCUCCUGGUCACGCAGGAUGCAUUUGGCACUUAAAGCUUAUCAAGAACUUCUUCUGACUGUGAAUGAAAUGGACCAAUCGAAAGACGAGACCAUCCGCCAGAGCUCCAAUGUCAUCAAAAGUAAUAUCUUCUACAUGAUGGAGUACAGGGAGAUCUUUGUGACUUUGUUGAGGAAAUUUGAUGAGACCAAACAGCCAAGGUCGUAUCUGAAAGACUUGGUGGAAACUACACAUCUGUUUUUACGAAUGUUGGAGAGAUUUUGUAAAGGGCGCAAAAACUUGAUGGUUCAGAGAAAGCGAGUGAAACGUAGAAAGUCCAAAGGAGGAAAGAAGUCUGUGUCAGAGCAGAGUCCUGAGGCUCUGAGUGAAACUUGGAAGAUCGUGGAGGAAGAGCUCAGAGCCAUCGAGUUUAAGCUGUCGUUAUCUCUUACUGAAAGUGUAGUCCCGUUCGAUGCCACCUCAGAGACCCCCCUGGAGGAGCAGAGGACAGAGGUCAUGAUCAGAGUCCAGGACGCUCUGCUCAACCGCCUGGGACCUGAGGCUCUGGGGCUGCUCAGAGCCGCCAGGGAGGUGUGGCCUGAAGGAGAUGUGUUCGGCUCUUCAGAUGUGCAGCCGGAAGAGGAGCUGGAGCUUCUCAAACAGAUUCUUCAUGCAGACCUCCCAAGGUCGUCUGCCCCUGAACCUGCUCCAGACGAUGAAGAUGACGGAGCAGAGUUUGAAGAGGAAGAACUGGAGACGAUACAAGUGUCAGAGCAAGAGUUCAACUUCCUUGAUUUUAUAAAAAGGUUCGCUCAGCCCACUAUAGUGCGUCCUUACCUUCAUUUGCUGAAAACCUACUCUAAAAACAGUCCCCACACAAACCACUGCAUCGCCCGCAUGCUGCACCGCAUCGCCGUGGACCUCAAAAUGGAUGCCCUCCUCUUCCAACUCUCGGUGUUUCAUGUCUUCAACAAACUCCUGAGUGACCCCGCGGCAGCUGCUUUCACUGAGUUGGUGACUUUUGCCAAAUUCGUUUUGAGGGGCUUCUUUAAACUGGCUGCUCAGAACGACAAAGCCUAUGUGGAGCUGCUCUUCUGGAAGAAUGUGGGCGCAGUGAGAGAGAUGACCGAGGGCUACACCAAAGACGGUGGUGGAAAGAAAGUAGCCUGGACUGAAGAGGAGGAAGAGGAGCUUCGCAAACUGUACGAGGAGCAUCGAGAUUCAGAGGUGCCAGAUAUUAUAGAGCACAUCCUGCCUCUUCUCAGUAACAGUAAUCGCAACAGAAGACAAGUGGUGGUGCAGCUCGUUCAUAUGGGUUUGGUGAGCAGCGCAAAAGAUGUCAAGAAACCAAAGAAGGGCACGGGGAUUGUUCUGUGGACGGAGGAGCAGGAGGAGGAGCUGCAGAUGCUGUUUGAGGAGUUUAAGGACUCUGAUGACAUUUUGGGUAAUAUUCUGAAGAAGAUCACAGCGAAGCGUUCUCGAGCUCGUGUGGUGGACAAACUGCUGAGUCUGGGGCUGAUAUCAGACCGUCGAGAGCUGCACAAGAAGCGGAGGGGAGGAGGAGGGGCAGGGGACAAGGGGUCCAGAGGCAAAACUAGAGGCAAAAGCUCAGGCAGAGGAAUGACGGAAGAGGAGUUCCUUUCCCAGCUCACUGGAGAGUUCCCUGAUGCUGAUGAGGAGGGUCUGGACCGAGAUGAAGAGGAGGAGUCGGAGGAGAGUGAGGAAGAGGAGGGAGGAGAUGUGGAAGGGACUCAAAAUGGCGGCUUAAUGAACAGCAUCAACAUCACGACAUCAGCAAAACGCGCUGACGUAAGCUCUGUGGCCCGGGCUCUCAGACAAGAAGGCAUGUCAGGACCGAUACUGUGGCUUCAGAACUGCCUCAAUAAAACAGCCAACUAUCGCGAAGAGGACGGCAUGUCCCAGCCCGUGCCUCUGGUCCCUCUCACUGAAGAGAACGAAGAGGCCAUGGAAAACAGGAGCUUCCAGAAACUGUUGAAGAAGCUGGGCCUCAGGGCUCCAGCGGAUGAACAGGAGUCCUUUUGGAGGAUUCCAGCUAAGAUCACACCCUCACAGCUCCGUGUGGCAGCAGCGUCCCUCAGUCCAUCAGAAGACCCUCCCACUGGAGGAGAAGAGGGUCCGAGUGGGUCUACAGAGUCCAGAGACCAGGAACCGGACCAGGAUCCAAACCGGGAUUCAGACCAAGGGACGUCUAGUGAGCAGAGAACCCAGGCCCUCCGAGCUCUGCUGCUGGAGAGGAAGAGGAAGCAGCACAGCACUGACCACAUAGCUCCCAUGUCCAGCCCAAGUCCUCUGGAGCAGAAUGGUACGCCUGAAAAGCCUCCAGUAAAGACUUCAACCAAAAGGAGAAGAGUUUUAGACGAUGAUGGUGAUGAUGAUGAUGAUGACGAGGACAAAGAAAAUGAGGAUGACAGCUCUGCCCCCAUGACUAUGGAAACCAACGGAGACGUGGACUCGGAUGGAGAGGACCUGUCUGCUCCACUCAAACGCAGGAGGAAGCUGGUGAUUGAUGAUGACGACGAUGAUGAAUAGAGCCUCUUUUAAAAGGAAACGUUUGUGGAUCAGGUUCUGGAAACAGCUGCAGGCAACAGUGGGCAAACUACAAACUGAACAAUAGUCGCUAAGAAGGUACAGUGAAGACAAGUGGACCUUCACAACAAACUGCCACUUGUGUGUAUAGACUGAUCUGAACAAAAAUACGCAAUAAUAGGCUAAAAAUCCAUCUAGGAAACCCUGACCAAACCAAACUCGAGUCCCUGCUCUUGACCCCUGACCCUAGUUGCAUUGAAGUAUGGUUAAAUCGAGUGGUUACUUGAUGUGAUGUGCUGUAGUUUCAUUAGUGGGAUGCACGCUGACUGUGUUGUGAUAGCGCUCUGAAGAGUGAGUGACUUGGCAUGAGGAGCAAAGGGAGGGGGGACUCGGAGUGCUGAAAAUUUUACAUAUUAAACAUGUUAAUGCAUGUUUUUGGGGAAUAUAGCAUAUUCAAAAUAAUAAAAGGUAACAUGUUAUGUGUUGGUAAUUAACACGUGUAAUACCCCCAAUUUAAUUUAACAUUGUAAAUACAAAAGGACAUAAAAACAUUAAGGACCCACCACCCUAAAACUUACAUUCUGUACCUUGCCUUAUUCCAUUGUCUCUGUCGCUGUGGUUUGAAAUUUGUAUUCACCCUAAAAUUUUUCAACAUUUAUUUAAAACAAUGUGAUCCUGCCACAAUCUCCUCAGUACUUUUAAUUGUGAGUUAAUAAAUAAAUGUUUUAUUGUGAAGUUAGUUUAAAAAGACAAUAAAACAAAACCGCUCUUCUUUAUGAUUAGUUUUUCUAUUUUUUUUUUAAAUAAUCACAGUCUUUAUAUUUGUCAUGUUUUUGAAUUUCACUGUAAAAAUGUUUCUUACUCUAAA